UAAAUGAUUAAACACAGAAACAUUAAAGAUAAAUUAAAAGGUGUUAUUGCGGUUCCGGUCCGCAGGGGGCGCAGUUUGUUGACAGCAGCUGUCUAUGUAUCAGAGCUGUCAGACACACAGGGCGAUGUCACCUCUCAGCUGCUUAUAUCUUUAUAUAAAUAUAUAAUAUCCUGCUGUGAUUAGAAUUAAAACAUCUGGAACAACACCUGAGACCGACUGAGUCCAGAAACAUGGCGGCGCCGCCGUCUGUCCUGAGAGAGUUCUGCCCGCUCUACUACCUGCUGAACGCCAUCCCUGCCAAGGUGCAGCGGGGGUUCCGGUCCGUGUUGGUGUACCUGACCGCCGUGGACAGCAGCGGGGACUUCCUGGCCGUGGGCAGCAGCACCGGCAUGCUCUACCUGUACUGCCGCCGCCGAGCUCACCUGAACAAGUACAGCCUGGAGGGGAAGAGUGAAGCAAUCACAGCUGUGAAGCUGCUCAGCUGUUUUGAUGAUCUGGUUGCCGUGGGAACAGCGUCAGGUCGAGUUGCAGUCUUCCAGCUAGUUUCUCCACUUCCUGGUCGAAACAAACAGUUGAGGCGUUUGGACGUGGUGGGCCUCCAUAAAGGCUCGGUGACGUCGUUGGCGUGGAGCUCCAACGGGACCAAGCUUUUCUCUGGAGACGAUAAAGGACGAGUGGUGUUCUCGUCUCUGGACCUGGACCAGGGAGUGUGUAAGCCCGUGCUGCUGCUGGAGGAGUCCUCUGCUGUGGUCCAGAUGGAGUACCGUCACCAGGUGUUGCUGAUCUCCACGCUGCACAGAUCUCUGCUCUACUGCACGCAGAAACAGGAAGUGCUGCAGCUCGGCACCAAGCCACGCAAAAGCAGCGGGCGGUUCGGCGCCUGCUUCCUGCCGGCUCUUUGUAAACAGAGCGACCUCCAGGUGUUUGCUGCUCGACCCGGACUCAGACUCUGGAGGUCUGACAUCAGAGGACAGGUGGAGGACACGCGGCUGCUCAGACCGCUCUUCAACGCACAGAUUCCUGAGUUUGAGUUGUUCCCCCGUCCCGGUCCGAUCGGAGCGUACCGUCCCGCAGACAGACAGCUGGGUCUGCUCAGCUGUUUCCUCCGAGACGGCUGGAUCCUCAGCUGGAACGAGUACAGCGUCUACGUCCUGGACUCUCUCAACCAGGUGCUCAUCGGAGCGUUGGAAAGCAGCGGAGACAUCGUGUCAGUGUCGUGUUGUGACAACGAGAUAUUCAUCCUGAAAGGAGACCGAGACAUCAUCCGUCUCUCCAACAGCCCCGAGGGACUAGCCCCCAACUUGUCGGAGUUCUCCGUCCGUCUGUCCUCGCCGCUGGCCACGCCCACUGUCCUUCCACCAACCGGAUCAGUGGAAACGGCUCAGCCAAUCAGAACCAUGGCUAUCAUCGUGGAGGGAGGGGGCCGGGAGGAGGGGGGGGGGCGGUGGGAGAGGCGGAGCGAGGAUGGAGAGAAAGAGACGGAGGAGGAAGGAGUGGAGGAGGCCGAGGAGCAGCUGGAGGUGAUGGAGCAGUCGUCUCGCAGCCGCAGCAGCUCUGUCACUUCCUGGGACAGUCUCCAUAGCAACGCGACUUCCUGCGAGCUAAGACGCUACAGCGCCCCCCUGAGUCAGGGGGAGGAGACACAGCAGCUGGUGGUGAAGGCCAUCAGAGUGAAGAAGAGGAGGAGGAGACAAGACAGCACCAGUCGUCUCUCUGAGAGCAGCUGCUCUGACUCCAUGUUUGUAGUCCAGGACGGCAGCUGCAGUGACGGAGGAACUCCUCUGAGUGACAGAGGGUCCCUCGUCAGUCAGGACCUCCAGAACUCUGCAGAACAGACCCAGGACCAGAACUCUGCAGAACAGACCCAGGACCAGAACUCCCAGGGCUCAGCGAGGGAAGAGGAGGUGGAGUCUGGCCCCCUCCCCCCACCAGGCUCACUGCCCCUCCAGGUUCUGCAGACCCAGCGUGACCCAGGCUCAGCCUCUGGUUCUGGGGCAGAGGCGGAGGCCGUCCCCCCGACUCCAGAUGUGGAUCUGCUGCUUGAGUGCAGCUUCUCCUACCUGCACAACGCAGAGGAGCCGAUGGAGCAGCCAAUGGAGCAGCAGGAGGAGUUCCUGAGCCCUCUGAUUGGACCAGAGGAGGAGAGCGGUGAUCUACUGCCCCCUGCUGGGCUGGUGGACCAGAUGUUUCCCUCUGUUGUGUCCGGUCUGGACAGGAAACAGAGCGAAUCCAGUGAUGAGGACGGAGACAUCUACGCUCACACUCUACCCCCUGCUGGCAGCGCCGGGGAACGCCUCCACUCUCCGUCCAAUCACACGCCAGACACACAGACGGACCAGGAUGUUCAGGGGAAACACACACCUGACCAGCUGUCAGAAAGCUGGAUGGGAUUCUCAGGACCAGGAUGUGGAAUACUGAGCCUACAGGUGACCGACAGACAUGUGUGGUGUCUAGACUUUAAAGGAGGACUGUUCUGUAGCGCUCUGCCUGAAACAGGACUCAACUGGCAGCGCUUUGAAGACAACGUCCACCAGGUGGCCCUGUCCCCCUCAGGUUAUCUGCUGUGGAAGGUGGAGCAGAAGAGCAUGACGGCAUUUGCGUGUGCUAAAGUUUCGGGGAAGGGGAAACGGCAUUGGUACAAAGCUGUGGAGCAGACGGCCUUCGUGGCUCUGAGCGACGACUCGGCCUGGAUCAUCCGAACCAACGGAGACCUCUACCUGCAGACAGGGCUGAGUGUGGAGCGUCCCUGCGCUCGCUCGGUGAAAGUGGACUCUCCAUGCGUCUUCAGCCAGGUGUGUGUCAGCGGAGGCGUGGUCUGGGCUCUGAGCGAACACAAGGCUUUGUUCUACCGAGAGGGACUCAACAGCUUCUGCAGAGAGGGAGAGGGCUGGAAGUACGACACUGUCAGCGAGGCUCAGGGUCUGGACUUGAUGUGUGUUGGCCUGGCAGAAGGAGGAACUGGCUGGGCACUGGACGCCAGCGGCAGCCUCUGGUUCAGAACCGGCGUCUGUCCGUCUAGACCGCAGGGGGACGACGACCACUGGUGGCAGAUCAGUAUUUCGGACUACGUGGUCUUCGAUCAGGGCAGUCUGUUCCAGACGCUGCUGCAGGCCACGCAGAGCGUUGCCACGGUAACCAGGGCGCCGAUGGAGCGCGUGGUGGCCUUCCUGUCGCAGCACUCACAGUGCCAGCCGAGCCUGGUCAGCGCCAACAGCAGCGGCGUCUGGGUCGCCUCGGGACGGAACCAGCUGCACCUGGCCCGCGGUAGUCUCAUCGGAACUUUCUGGCAGAACGUCGUUCCAAGAGGAACCGUCUCAGCUACGAGGUGGACCUCCAUCGCGUCUUCAGCUGUGCCGCACAGAGAAGGUACGUUCCUGUGGUUGGCUCAGAGCAGGAAGGAUCUGUUCUGUGUCUGGGAUCAGGAUGGAGAGCUCCGCCCCUCCUCCGUCCCUCUACCAGUGGAGAUGGAGCUGACCCAGCUGUCUGCCUGUCGGGAUGCUCUGUGGGGUUUAGAUACUCAUGGCCGAGUCAGUAUCCGGACGCUGUCUCCGUCCUGUCCCUUCGGACUCCACUGGACCCCCCUGGACCUCAGCCAGCUCGGAAGUGUGCGUCUGGUCAGUGUGAGCUGUGGCAGUCAGAACGUCUGGGCUGUGGACGGUCGAGGAGUCGUUUACUUCAGAGUCGGAACCCAACCUCUGAACCCGAGCAUGAUGCUGCCGGCCUGGAUCCACAUCGAACCCCCUGAACAGCCAAUGGGAGUGCAGCUGGUUAGCAUUCAGACGAGUCCUAACGACCGUCUCCUCUGGGCGUUGGACAACCGAGGAAGUGUCUUCGUCCGGACCGGACUCAGUGACGAGAUGCCUGUAGGGACAGACUGGGAGCUGGUUCCAGGGUUAGCCGUGAGUCAGCUGGUCCUCAGCUCCCGGACGGUUUGGGUGCGGUGUGCAAACGGAGAAGUGGCUCGGCGUUACGGCGUCUCUGACAGAAACCCUGCAGGAGAUUACUGGAAGAAGAUCCCUGGAAACACCAACUGGUUAACAGUGACUCCGGAGGACGAGCUAUGGGCGGUGACUCUGAUUGGUGGGUUGUCCCGUCGCCUGACGAAGCUCCUCCCACAGACUCCCUGUAGGCCCGCCCCCUCUGGCCCCGCCCUCAACACGGACGACGGCGACGACGGCUGGGAGCUCAUCUGACCCCUGACCUCUGCUGGGGAGGCAGUGAUGUUACAGUGACACCACUUCCUGUUUACUAACUUCCUCCUGAAGCAGGAUGUGCAGGCCGGUGACAUGACUUCAGAGGGAACCCAGGUGGCUGCUGGGAAACAAAGUGAACUGAGACUUUGUUUUAUUUUGCUCAAACAGGAAGCACUUUACUCUGAAAGGACAGAGGGACCGACUGGUUCUGAACCAGGACAGUAAAGGGACAUUUCACAUUUACUCCAAUUUAUUUAUUCCAUUCUACUUCUGACUGGUUCUGACUGGUUCUGACUGGUUCUAACUGUUCUGACUGGUUAGGGUUAGGCUUACCUUACCUAGUUCAGUCUGGUUCCAAACGAUGACUUUAAAGGGACACUUCACAGUUUAGUUUUAGGUUUUUUAUCAGAGACAACAAUUAGCUUCCAGCUAAAUAUUAAGCAUUUCAAAGUU